AUGAAUACCCGACAACAACAGGCAUGGCUUCAACAAUUUCCUUGUAAAGGCCCAACAGAUAAUGAAAGACCCUCGAUUUUUGGAUUCUCACCCGUUGCGAAAGGAGACUAUGUAUGUUGUCCAAAUUCUAAUAUUUGGGGAAUAGAUAAUGGGUACCAAAACCAACAUGAGAAACCAGUUCCCAUAAGACCUAAUGAAAGGGGACAUCGUAAUUAUCAAAAUCCUGGUUUUAAUAAUCCAGGUGCAUUUACUGGGCAGCAAAACAAUUUACUAGGAAAUCCUAAUUUCGAAAAUGGUGUUGGAGAUGGUACAAAAAUACCUCAGCCAUUUGGACAACAUCCAGGAACUUUUGGUGGAAAUGGAAACCCACAAAAUGGACAAAAUAAUCAAGGCAUAUUUGACAAUACCCCAAACUUAAAUUUUCCGCAAUUCCCUAACAAUGGAAAUAACUUUGGUGGCCAACCGCAAAACGGGCAGUAUCCAAAUGGUCCAUUUCCUAACGGUCAAUUUCCUAAUAAUAAUCAGUUUCCCAAUAGUAAUUUCCCAAAUAGUCAAUUUCCUAAAAGUCAAUUUCCAAAUAGCCAAUUUCCAAAUGGUCAAUUCCCAAGUAAUCAAUUUCCAAGCAGUCAAUCUCCAAAUAGCUAUUUUCCUAAUAAUCAGUUCCCAAAUGAUCAAUUUCCUAGCUUUACUGGACAAACACAAUAUCCCAAUAGUGGGGACCAGAAUAGCGGCAUUUUUAAUCAAGGUGGAAACCAACAAUGUCCAUCUCAUACAGAUAUGAUUCCAGAUCCUUCUACAGGUUGUUGCGGCAAAGAUGACUCUGACUCUGUAAGAAUAACAGAUUUACAAAAUGUACUUAGCAUGUAUGCACCUUCUAACUCGAAUAGAUAUCCAAGACCUAACCAUUCUCCUCGCCAAAAAAUGCAAAGAUUUCCAUACUAUCAAAACAGGCAAAAACGAUCCUUUGACCAAAAUAACACAUCGGACGAUAGUCUAGAAGAUAGAAUAGCAGGUGGGAAAGAAACCGAAUUGGAUCAGUUUCCAUGGACUGUUCUAUUGAAAGUAACCUUCGAUUAUGGUAACAGAGAAGCUGCUUUUAGUUGCGGAGGCUCUCUGAUAAGCCAACGAUUUAUACUGACUGCUGGUCACUGCGUAUAUGAGUCUGGAGCAAAAGUGUCAAGCGUUGAAGUCACACUAGCUGAGUACGACAAAAGAACAUUUCCCAAAGACUGCAUAUCCGAAAUGGGUGGAGAGCGAGAAUGUAUUGAAAAUAUAAGAAUGUAUUCAGAAAAUAUUAUACAUCAUCCUGAAUAUGAUGACGAUCAACUACAUAAUGAUAUUGCGCUUAUAAAACUUCGUGGAUAUGCUCCCUAUACGCGUUUUAUUAGGCCUAUCUGUCUUCCGCCGUUAAAUAUCGAUGACCCUGAUUUGUCAAACUUACCUCUCUCUGUGGCGGGAUGGGGUCGCAACGGUGCUUAUGAAACUAAUAUCAAACAAUCAACCGUAGUUCAUUUGGUGCCCCAUGACAAAUGUUUGAAAUCAUAUCCACAAUUGACGGCAUCUCAUCUAUGUGCAGCCGGUCGCACCGGUGAAGAUACUUGUAAAGGAGACUCAGGAGGUCCUUUAAUGAUGUUAUAUCGAGGAAACUAUUAUAUUAUUGGUGUUGUUAGUGGCAAAAGAGCUGACAGUCCAUGUGGAACAAUGUCGUGGACUAAGGUGGUAGCGAUAACUGGUUGCGAUAGUGGCCUGGGUUGGAGUAUUGCAGCUCGUUCAGCGCGAGAGGGUUUCAUUACUGUGGCUGGCAUGUAUAACGGCAUUAACACAGAAGCAGCUAAGUCUCUGAAACGUCUUCGAGCUCAUACCCACAAGCUGGAUAUCACCGACGCCAGCAGCAUACUCAGUUUUUACGAUUAUGUCAAGAAUAUUUUGCAUAAUAACAAUAAUUAUGAAUUAUACGCAAUUGUUAACAACGCUGGAGUGAUGACCAUUGGAGAUUAUGAGUGGCAAACGCCAAAAAUUAUAGAAAAUACAAUUAACGUCAACUUACUUGGAACUAUGAAAUUCACUUCGGCUUUCUUGCCAGAUUUACGCAGGAACGCAUCAAAGAAUAAAAACAACCCUCGUAUAAUCAACGUAGCAAGUCAUUGUGGCCUUCAACCUUUACCUGGGUUCGGGCCCUACAGCGCAAGUAAAGCUGGUUUACUCGCCUGGAGUCAAGCUUUACGUCUUGAACAAUUGAACUUCGGAUUAAAAGUCGUUUCAUUCGUACCAGGUGGUUUUGUUGGUGCCAGUAAUCUUAUGACGAACCAAUAUUCAGAUUCAAAUGCUAUGGUUGAACAUCUGACCGAAGAACAAAGAUCGAUUUACGAAGCAAAAAUUCGUAGAUUGAAUGAUUAUUUAAAACUUGCUUCCAAUAAUUCAAGAUUUGAUUCCUUAAAAGAUGAAAAUAUAAUUGAAACAUUUAUGAAGGCCCUCACUGAUGAAAAUCCUAAGACAAUGUACAAAGUUGAAUCGUGGCGUUACAAACUUUAUUAUAAUUUGUUUAAGUUUCCUUUGCCGGAUAAAUCUUACAGAUGGUUGAUUAAUAAAUUUCUUGGUUUCCCAAAAUAA